AUGGAAUCCACGCGCAGCCUCUACAAAAACGGGGUUGAUUUCGCAGCCCUCGCACUUCAGUCGCAUGACUUCGCCAAGCAUCUAAACCAAAAUGGCCAGCUCGAAUUUAAUGAUCCAGCCGCAGUCCGACAAUUAACGAUCAGCCUGCUGCAGCAGGACUUUGGUCUCAAGGUUGAGAUCCCUGAGGACCGCCUGUGUCCACCGGUGCCCAAUAGGCUCAACUAUAUCCUGUGGCUGCAGGACCUUCUCGACUCCAGCGCGGGAACUCUUCGGGGAGAAUAUGAUGGCGAUCGAGAGGUUGUUGGCCUCGAUAUCGGCACGGGAUGCUGCGGCAUCUACCCACUGCUAGGAUGCAGGGUCCGGCCCUUGUGGAAGUUUGUGGCGACGGACAUCGAUGAAAACAACGUGCGCACCGCCCAACACAAUGUAGUCCUCAACAAUCUAGAAUCGCACGUGCAUAUUGUUCAGACCAAACCUGAAGACAAUCUCUUCCCGCUCGGAAAACUUGAUCGUGGAACUCUUGAUUUUACCAUGUGCAAUCCGCCAUUCUACACAUCGCGUGACGAAUUGAUACAAUCUGCAGAGGCCAAGACACGACCUCCAUUCUCGGCAUGCACGGGCACCGAGGUGGAGAUGGUCACCCGCGGCGGCGAGGUCGCCUUCGUCACCCGCAUGAUAGAAGAAAGUUUGCGGCUUCGAGACCGUAUUCAGUGGUACACAUCUAUGCUGGGCAAGCUCAGCAGUGUCACCGUAUUAGUUGAAUUGCUGAUCAAAAACGACAACCACAACUAUGCCGUUACCGAAUUUGUGCAGGGCAGUAAAACGAAGCGCUGGGCAGUAGCGUGGUCGUGGGGUGACCGGCGUCCUGCGAUGUAUACGGCCCGAGGCAUCCCGGGUUUCCCUAAACAUCUCCUCCCUUUCCCUGCUGACUAUACAUUUGCUUUAUCCCCCGAAACAUCCAUUGAUGCAGCCAGCGCUACCCUUGACAGUGAGCUCGGCUCCCUAUCUUGGCAUUGGACCUGGGACCGCAGUCUUUCUGCAGGUGUGGGGUUCGCAGCAGAAAAUGUCUGGUCCAGACAAGCACGUCGCAAGAUGAAGCUUGCGGGUCAAGAAGGUGCCUCGAACAAGCCAGCGGGUAUGCCAGAGCAGGUAGCGCUUGGAGUACGGGUGCAGCUACGGCUGAGCGGAACAUCACAGACUCCAAACAAGCAGAAUGUCCACACCGUCGUGCAGUGGAUCCAGGGGACUGACAGUGUGCUAUUUGAGAGUUUCUGUGGAAUGGUGAAGAGAAAGAUGGAGGGGGAAAUAGAGCAGCGUUACUGCUGGGGACUU